UGAACGGGCGCAGGAGGGUUAUACUGUUUAGAUGUUGUGUUAGGGCAGGGCCAUACCAAGGGUGAGGCUCCCAUGACAGCAUGGAAGAAAGAAGAUAAUGUAUAAUGCAGGAUGAUGGAAGAUGAUAGAAGAUGAGAAAGGGCGCGGCCUAUAAUCGAGCCAAUAAGAAAGGUGAACAUGAGCUAUGAAACGGUUAGAGAGAGGAAGAGACUACAUGUGCACUUUGUGCCUGAUGAAGAUGUUGUGGAACACAUCAGUGACAAACAAGAAGGAGUAAAAGUGAGAAAUACUGCUGCAACUCAGCGUAUGGCCAGUGUUAAGAAGUUAUUUAAGAAGACUGACUUCAAUGAUGAUCUCUCAGAUGUGUGGAAAGAACAGGAUUAUGUAGAUGUGUUGGGUGUAGAUAUUGAAGAUCCUCUAAAACAUGGCCCUGGAUCUGGUGGUGGUGGCAGUGAACUGUACUCUUUCCUCACAAUUAAGCGAUCAAACAAGAUGGCACAAGUAGCUUCAGAAAUGGCGAGAACUCCUGGGAAGAGUGUGACGUUCUCAACUUCACAUAGUCCUAAGGAAAUAAUCAGUCCUCCUGCAAGCAACAACAGGCAAUCAUCAGCAAGCAAAACCCCAUCUAAGGGUAGAAAAAAUGAAUUUAUCUCCACGACACCCCACCGAUUAAGGAAGAGACUUUCAGUGCCUAAUCCGAGGUCUGAUACAGAGAGUGAAUACUCUGCCUCCAGCUCAGAUGAAGAAGAACGAGAGGAAAAAGACUCUUUGUCCAAAACGCCAAGCAAAGUAUCUCAGACACCUGCUAGGAUCCCAUCCAAGAAAUUAAAGAAAAAUUCUGAUAACAUCCUGGUGGAAGAAUAUUUUGAGGCUCACAGCAGUUCAAAGGUUUUCACUUCAGACAGAACAUUACAGAGGCUGCAGACUCCAACAUUAGAUCAGGUAACACUGCACAAGCUUCUGGAUGUGUCACCCACACCAUUUGCUGGUGGAAUCGACAUGUUAAGUGAGCAGCAUGAAGCUUUGUUCUAUAAAUGGAUGCUGCAGCUACACCUAGGAUUCAACAUUGUCCUCUUUGGCCUGGGUUCUAAAAGGAACCUGAUAGAAAAGUUCCGGACCUGUUUGCUGCAGGAUUCUCUCCACAUUGUUAUCAAUGGAUUUUUUCCAAGCAUCACUGUGAAAUUUAUUUUAAACUCCAUCACAGAAGCAGCAUUAGAUCAUACAGGGACCUUUCGAAGCCUUCUGGACCAAAUGAAUUUCAUUGUGCAGAAGUUUAAAGAUGAUCUAUCUCUAGAACUCUAUCUUCUUAUUCAUAACCUGGACAGCCAGAUGCUAAGGGGAGACAAAAUCCAGCAAGUGCUUGGCCAGCUGGCCUCUCUACCCAACAUUCACCUCCUCUCUUCUAUUGAUCACAUAAAUGCUCCUCUCAUGUGGGAUCAGUCAAAGCAGAGUCUAUAUAACUGGUUAUGGUAUGAGACAACCACGUAUAGUUCCUACGCUGAGGAGACUUCAUAUGAGAAUUCCUUGCUGGUGAAACAUUCUGGGGCAUUGGCUCUUAGUUCUCUCACUCAUGUACUUCGCAGCCUUACUCCAAAUGCUAGAGGUAUUUUUCGGUUGCUGGCAGAAUAUCAGUUGGCCAAUAAGGACAAUCCUUCAUUUUCAGGUCUUUCGUUUCAGGACUUUUAUCAACUGUGCCGAGAAGCAUUUCUUGUUAACAGCGACCUGACACUCAGGGCUCAACUAACUGAAUUCAGAGACCACAAAUUAAUCCGUGCAAAAAAGGGUGCAGAUGGUGUGGAAUAUUUGGUUAUCCCUCUGGACCUGGGGACGCUGACAGAUUUCUUGGAAAUGGAGGACAAAGGGGCAUAAUGAGUGCAUUCAAGGAUAAACUGAGUCAGGGAUGUUUACUUAUCUGUCCUAAAACAUUAGAGGCCAUGUUUACUAGACCUCAGUGUUUCUAAUGUUGUAUUUUAACAUCUGCACAAAUAUAUUUUUGAAGGUCCAUAUUGGGAAUUUAAAAUUCUGAUUAAAGUAGCUUGAUAUUUCCAGAUAUUCCUAGUAAAGUGAUUUUUUUUGAAAUGAUGAAAAGCAUCAUCAAACUAUUCAAAUGUGUCCGUCACAUAACGUUUCUUUAGUAGCAACUCUGACUUGAAUUGCCAAUGCAUUACUUUGUAACAUUAACAGCUGACCAAUCAUUACAGACUGUUUAAUAUUUUUGUAUCUAGAGCACACGGGUGACUAUACCCUAUUUGUUAACUGGUAUAUGCAGGACAAAUUCAUAGUUAAAAUCUGCAAAGCAAUGUACUUGUAUACAGCCAUUAAAGAUAUGCUGUAAAUCAUAUACAUGCUAUUAAAAAAAAACAAAUGAUAAA